UUCAAUCUUUCUGCCCUAGAUCAAUAAAGGAAAACAUGGUCUGCAAGGGAAAGAAGUCUGCAAAGAAGGCAGAACCCAGUGGAAGAGAGUACCGUCAACGGAAGCAAUGGACGCCACCGUCCCCGAUGUUCUCCGACGACUUGGGGGAGGAGAAACUACACAACAGAAGAAGUAAUAAGCAUGGACAUAGUCGCGAGAAGGAGUCACUUGAGUGUUACAUUAUGCAGCGACCGAGGAAACAAGAUUUCAUCCCUCUAACCUCAGAGUCCAGUGAGCACGUCCAUAUUCCUCAGGAGAAGAGGGGGAAGUGCAUGUAUAAAGUUCACCAUCUAAGAUCAAGCCAAGGAAGAGGGAGGAAUGUCAGUAUGUUGGAUGAGGACUCCAUAUCUGAAGAUGGAGUUGUGGAGGAGCCCACCAUUUACAUGGGGUGACAACUUUUUCAGGCUACCACUAUGUCCAACAUGCAGAAAAUUCUAGAGCAGCUUGUGAAGUUUAAUGAUACACUGUCAACCGUUGGUGCUAUGCUGGCAGGGAAGACUGACAGUGGAACCUUGACCACCGCUCACGAUGGUGCAAGCAAUGCGUCCAAGCUGUUUGAGCCUAAGGCCCCCCUGCGUUGAUCACCCAGGCUCAACUCGGGUAAGGAGCGUUAAUCAAGUGACUGUUGCUAUAUGCUUGCUAAAAUAUAUGCUAUUUUAGUGUGACAAAUUUAUAAUAGACAUGUCCUCUAGUAAGGGGGUUACAUUUGGGUAUUUGAGUAAAUACCAUGGUAUGUUUUGGUGAAUCAUCUAUCUUUUGGACUAUUGGGGAGAGUAGCUUGUCUACUCCAUCAAAAUGGUCAGGAUUUGAGAUUCAGUAAUGUAAUAGACAUUUUACGGGGUUCUAUAUGAACAAGUUAAUAGUUGAUAUGUUUAAGAUCCAUGUGUGC